CAUCCUUCGGUAAAACCACACGGCAUCCUCUCAUCUCUAGUCUCCCGCCUCUCGCCUCCUGUCUUCAUCUUCUUACUCUUCUUCAAUCUGAGAGUGAGGGAGUGAGAGAUGGAGGGAAUGAUGCAGGUGCCUUACGACGCCACGGUGAGGCUCAUGCUGGCUUCGCUGGAACGCAACCUCUUGCCCGACGCACUCGUCAGGAGACUCACGCGGCUUCUCUUGGCCAGUCGGCUUCGCUCCGGAUACAAGCCUUCGGCGGAGCUCCAGCUCUCCUCUCUCCUCCACUUCGCCCACUCUUUAGAAGAAAUGCCUAUAGCCAUCAAGACCGAAGAUCCAAAAUCUCAGCAUUAUGAACUCCCAACCUCUUUCUUUAAGCUAGUACUUGGAAAGAAUCUCAAAUACAGUUGUUGCUACUUCCCUGAUAAAUCAAGCACCUUAGAGGAUGCUGAGAAUGCCAUGUUGGAGAUGUACUGUAAGAGGGCACAGGUAGAGGAUGGCCACAGUGUUCUUGAUAUUGGAUGUGGCUGGGGAUCACUAUCCUUGUACAUUGCACAGAAGUAUACCAACUGCAGGAUCACUGGGAUUUGCAAUUCAAAGACCCAGAAAGCAUACAUUGAGGAGCAGUGCCAGGAGCUUCAGCUGCAAAAUGUGGAGAUCAUUGUUGCAGAUAUUAGCACAUUGGAAAUGGAGGCAACCUAUGACCGAAUAUUUUCCAUUGAAAUGUUUGAGCACAUGAAGAACUACAAGGAUCUUCUCAAGAAGAUAUCUGGGUGGAUGAAACAUGAUAGCCUUCUUUUUGUUCAUCAUUUCUGCCACAAAGCAUUCGCAUAUCACUUUGAGGACAAAAGCGAUGAUGACUGGAUUACCCGGUACUUCUUCAGCGGAGGCACCAUGCCCGCUGCAAAUCUGCUUCUUUAUUUCCAGGAAGAUGUUUCUGUUGUUGAUCAUUGGCUUGUUAAUGGAAAGCAUUAUGCACAGACAAGUGAAGAAUGGCUUAAAAGAAUGGACAAGAACUUAGCUUCUAUAAAGCCAAUAAUGGAGUCAACUUAUGGCAAGGAUUCAGCUGUCAAGUGGACCGUCUAUUGGAGAACAUUCUUCAUUUCUGUUGCGGAACUCUUUGGAUACAAUGAUGGAGAAGAAUGGAUGGUCGCCCUUUUCCUAUUCAAAAAGACUUGAAGUCUCUAAAAGCUGAACAAAAUCCAAAAGUACUCACAGGGAACAAGGCUCAACAACAUUUUGAUUCUAGGGUGGUCAAUAAGCUGUAUUAUUGAAGAAUUUGCAUACUUGAGAUGAACGACAGAACAAAAUUGGAACUACCAGCAUAAUGUGUUGCAGAAAUAAAAACCACCACAACUUCGUACCAUUUUGAGUAACUGUAAUUUCUUAUCAAUUGAGAA